AACAGCUGGAUUUCUUCGCCGAUCCAGUCCCCUCCAUUCUUAAUCCCCUCGUGCGCCUUCGUUUUCCUACCUUUAUAUACCUCCCCUCUUCUUUCUUCUCUUCUCACAAAAAAAAAAAAAAAACAUAAAACAUUACAACUCCAAAAACACUACCAAGAUUCAGCACCGCUUGAAAAUGGUAGGCGUGUUCAAGCGCUCUCUUUCAUUUCCUAACAAAAUUCCUAGCCGUACUCUAUCAAAACCAACCAUCUCAUACCACAAUAGAUCCAUUAGUCUUCCAUGCAGAUCACAUCCCUUGAUUUCCCAGCUCAUAAACGAGAUCAAUGAGCUUAAAACUUGGUCAUCGAAGCUCGAAAACCGAACUUGUGUUUGGCUUUGUGAUGGCUUGAGUCGUCUUAAGGAUGUUCAAGAUUCUUUAGAUGAUUUCCUUCAGCUACCUCAAACACGAGAAUCUCUUCGUCGACAGCCUAAAUGGGUGGAGAAGCUUCUUGAAGACUUUCUUCGUUUUGUUGAUGUUUAUGGAAUCUUCCAAACAUUAGUUUUGGCUGUUAAAGAUGACCAAGUUGCUGCACAGGUAGCUAUAAGAAAGAAGGAUGACUCAAAGAUUGCUUUAUACCUCAAGUCUCGCAAGAAAAUGGCUAAAGAAAUGGCUAAACUUGUUUCCACAGUUCGAUGCAUCGCACGAAGCCCGUUUCCUGGAUUGGGUUCAGGCCCCUCUGUUGGUGAUGCUGAGUUGGUCCGUGUUAUUAUAGAUGUUAUCGAAGUUAGCGUGUUGGUUUCGUUUGCACUUUUUAAUGGAAUGUCGUUGUCUUUCGCGUCAAGAAAAUCAUCCUGGAUUAGACUAAGGUUGCCGAAGAAGGUUAAGAUUGAUGAAGGAAUUCAAGAAUUUCAGCAAAUUGGAGUUGAGAGUUUGUGGGGAUUGGGAAAGAAGGAAGAUGAAGAGGUGAGGAUGGUUUUGAAAAGGAUGCAAGAGUUGGAGGGGUGUAUUGGUGAUAUUGAAACUAGUGGUGAAAGAGUGUUUAGGAGUUUGAUUAACACUAGGGUUUCAUUACUCAAUAGUCUCACACAAUAGAGAGGAAAAAAGGAAGAUCAUGUAAUUUAGUUUUUAUUUUAUUCUCACUUUUUCCCUUUUUUCUUCAGUAAAAUCAAAUGAAAAUGGUCAAAUUUAGUGGUAA